CUUUAGGACCCGGCAGUGCAGCUCUGAUGAAGAAAGCAUUAGCCCAACUAGCAAUAUGAUGGUAGCGUUUACCUGUACGCUACUGACUAAAAACAUUAACCAUUUAAGCUAGCCUAUAGCAGCGUAUUUUAACACUAUUGUACACAUGGUGUACUGUUGGUAGUUGUAUUGUGACAGGUUCAGUGAACGCAGGAAGCUGCGGCUCAUUUCUCGGCUGCUGAUGGAGCACAUCCGACUACCAAAGGUGGAGAAUGUCAGGCUGCUUGACAGAGUCUCCCCCAGAAGAAGUAGGGUGGGCACCCUCUACCUGACGGCCACACACACCAUCUUUGUAGAGAACAACACUGGAGUGCGCAAUGAAACAUGGGUGCUUCACAGUUUGGUGUGCAGCGUGGAGAAGCCAGCCGCCACAGCCUCGGGAUGUUCUCUGCUUAUUCACUGCAAGAACUUCCAGGUUCUUCAUUUUGUCGUACCUCGAGAGCAAGAGUGCCAUGAUGUCCACCUGUCGCUACAGCGUCUCUCCCAGCCAGAGCGUCACGCGGAGCUGUACUGCUUCUCCUACAAGCCUAACGUUGAUGAGAAGGAGAGAUGGCAGGAAUGGGACUUCCUGGACCUCAAGGCUGAUUACCGCAGAAUGGGACUCCCAAACUCCCUGUGGAAACUCUCCCCUGUCAACCAACACUAUAAGGUGAGUGACACGUACCCCUCUGACCUCUUUGUACCCGCGUCCGCCACACCUCCGGUCAUAGUGGGGAGCUCCAAGUUCAGAAGCAGAGGCAGAUUUCCUACUCUGGCUUACUACUCCAAAGAAAAUCAUGCUGCCAUCUGCCGUAGCAGCCAACCCCUGUCUGGUUUCAGUGCUCGCUGCCUGGAGGAUGAACAGAUGCUGGAGGCCAUCUUGAGGUCCAAUCCCCGCAGUGAAUUCAUGUAUGUGGUGGACACCAGGCCUAAGCUGAAUGCAAUCGCAAACCGAGCUGCGGGAAAAGGCUAUGAAAAUGAAGACAACUACUCCAACAUCAAAUUCCAGUUCAUUGGCAUCGAGAACAUCCACGUAAUGAGAAACAGCCAACAGAAAAUGCUGGGAGUGUGUCAACUGCGUUCCCCCUCCAUGUCCGACUUCCUAGAAGGUCUGGAGAGCUCAGGCUGGCUGAAGCACAUCAAAGCGGUUUUGGAUGCAGGCAUCUUCAUCGCUAAGGCUGUUGCAGAGGAGGGUGUCAGUGUCCUGGUUCACUGUUCAGACGGCUGGGACCGCACCGCCCAGGUGUGUUCAGUGGCCUGUGUGCUGCUGGAUCCGUACUACAGGACCCUCAGAGGACUCAUGGUUCUCAUUGAGAAAGACUGGGUCUCAUUUGGACACAAGUUUUCUCACAGAUGCAACCACCUGGUCGGAGACCCUAAAGAGGUAUCUCCCAUCAUCGAUCAGCUCCUAGAGUGUGUGUGGCAGCUCAUGGAGCAGUUCCCCUGUGCCUUUGAGUUCAACGCGAGGUUCCUCAUCACGAUUCACAGCCACAUUUACUCCUGCCAGUACGGCAACUUUAUUGGCAACAACCAGCGGGAGAGGAUAGAGCUAGGACUGCGUGAGAGGACUCACUCUUUGUGGAGUUAUCUAUGGAAGAACCAGGCAGACUACAUCAACCCUCUGUACCGACCCGACCACAGCCAAACACAGGGGCUCCUCCGGCCGUCUACUGCCCCCUACUGCUUUAAGUUUUGGAGAGGGCUGUACAACCGCUUUGACCAAGGGAUGCAUCCUCGACAGUCUGUAGAGGAUUAUCUGAGUGCCAUCCGAGAGGAGACACAGCAGCUGGAGGAGCAGCUGGCUUCACACAAACAGAAAAUUGCUCAUCUGGAGCAGGAGUGGAGUGUUACCCAGAACGCAGUCACCUUCGAUAAGAGCCCCACAGCAUGGGCUCUUGGUAAUGACCUCGGCCUCGCCAACACCCCUCAGGACUACACCGGCGGCUUCAUCACCAGUAGCCCCUGCCAGCCGAAAGCACCAGACGGCAGCCGGAUGCUUCUGACCCAGGACCCCAGACAAACAUCUGAAUCCACCCUCUCCAACGGUAGCGACCAGGAGUCGGGGAUUGCAGACGUGAGCUGUCGUUCACCUCUCAGCGAGGACAGCACCAGGGACCCAGACUCGGAUGAGGCCGCCUACUCAGCUACCUGAGCAAAUGUAGCAUUUGUUGGAAGGUGUAGCGGCGAGCAGCCGUCCCACUUUGUCCACUGUACACACACACUGCUGUAUCUUUUUACAUUCACUGUGUAACCCGGGCUGUUGGCUAACUCCAGUGAAAAGUGUUAUUUGGGUUGCACAAGUGACUUGCACUUUUGUUUGCAUGUGGAUUGGUGGACUCCGCCUGUGGCCACAUGCAUACUUGUUGAGUGUUGUUGUAGUACUGUAGCUGACUACAUUUUACUUCUUACCCUCGUACCUUCCCUGCUGAAGAUUCUAAAAGAAAUUCAAAGCUGGAUAUGUCACGUCUGUUGUGGUUAAAUACAGAAAGUUAACACAAAAAGCAGUUUGAAGUUGGAGAAAGAGUUAAGACUGAGUAAAGGACAAUAGUGAACAAUUCACUGCACGUGUAGGCAGAGUGUUUUUAAGUCAUCAGAUUAAUGAUGAGCCAUGUAGGUGUCUGUGCUUGCUGCUUAUUUUUAUUUUUUUGGUCUUCCACACAGUAUACUUGUAUUGAUCAGGAAAUUGGCUUUGCAGCGCUAACCUUAGUAACAUGAAGUUGUCAGAGGCACUUUGAUAUUGAGGUUUCAAAACAUUGCAAAACAAUUAACAGAGCUCCAAAGAAACUAAAUCAUCAUUUCAGUUGCAUUGUUUGCACUUUAAGAAGGCAAAAUUAUUUAAUAAAGUGGGACUCAGAACAGAAUUAGACAGAUUAAACAAAACGUUGAUAGACAAACUGCACUGAUAAUUAAUUAAACAGAAGACUCAAGUUGAAGGUUAGAUUGACUCAUCCCUGGAGUAGUGUUUUCAAAGACCUAGUUUUCCCUUUUUCUGUGUUUUCCAUCCAUCCAUCUUCGUCCGCUUAUCCGGUGUUUGGUCGCGGAGGCAGCAGCUCCAGCAAGGGGACCCAAAGUUCCCUUUCCCGAGCCAUUAGGCAAUUUAAAAUGCUGUUGCUGCACCUAAUGGUCACUGUUACUCAAUCACAGGCAGUCUGGAUUCAAGACAUCACUCUGGCCUGAGAAAGCAUUAAAUCUCUUCAACCCAGAAUGUAGCAAAAAUGGCAAUGUAGCAGUGUUUCAGCCCUGAAGAACAACAGUGACCUCAAGUGGGUUUCGGAGUCGUUACACUACAAUAUAAACUAAUGGUUGGUUGUGGUUGAUUGGCACCUUGUGGUCCAGACCUGGGGUCCCUCCUUCCUUAACCCUCCUUCCUGAAACGGACCCCGGGAUAUUUCAACGUAAUCCACAAUGUCUUGUCGUAUUUAGAACUACUGUACAAGAAGGGGGAAAUGAGCUUUGACAUUUAACAUUUAGAAAUUAGAAUAAGCAACUGUAUACAUUCCUGUCCACAAUAUUUCAAAAGCAGAUUUGCUGUUUUUAAACGAAUGUUUCUGCCAAAGGGAAGUGACCCUCUACUUGUAUAAAUAAUUAUAGUUGGUAGGCAACAGGAUUACUGAAUACUGAUCCAGCCGAGUAGAACAUAAUAUUGAAUAUUGGCGUCAUCUCAACUGUAAAAUGAGCAUUAAAACAGCUGACGUCAGUAGUGUGGUACACAGUAGGUGCACUCCAAAUGAUUAUCAAGCAAAGCACGUUACGAUAUUUUGGUUUUAUGCCUUUUUGUUUCGACUACUUGCUUCAAUGCAUGUUGUUUUUAUUGGUAUGAGAUAAUAAAGAAUUCUGACCUUAUGUAAAAGAAAGAGCUUUAUAUUGCUGUGUUUAUCUAUUUAUCUGUUCAGGUGCAAUAAGAGCCAGAUUUGUCCAACUUUGACAAAGUUGUGUAAUUUGUGUCAAUUUUCUUUUAAAAUAAAUACAUUAUUGCCAAUCAUA